AAAUGUAAAAAUUGAAACUAUUGCUGUCAUUGCAUCGCCGGAAUUGUGGGACUGCCGGAACCUUGUACAGAUAGUGUACACUGUACAGUACUUACAUAUUCGUGAUUCAUGCAUGAUGUCAUCGACGGUCGACCAUUGUCCAUACCAACGGAGGAUGUACGGUUUAAUACGCUCAGAAUGACGACACUAACCAUAACAGAUUUGUCAGAGGGCGCUGAACUUGAGGGUCCCACCAAUAUCGGAGAUAGCGACUUGGAUGCGGAGCUAAUUAAAGCACUCGAUGCCUAUCCGAACAAAAGUCGUAAAAACUGGACGGAUGACGAUCUGUACAAGGAGGCUUACAUCACCAAGUUGACACCACGCAUGACGUUGGACAUACUGGAGAAGUAUCGUUAUAAAGUGAUUGGCGUGUUGAACACUGAUAGCAUUAUUAUGUGGACUCUGCAACAGGAGCGUACUUCCGGGUUCGUCAAGCGUAAGCCUGCCGUCCGAAAGCCAGCGGGUGUUCGUACUUUACCAGAUGGGAAGUCGGGGAUGGUCAAACUGAGUAAGGGACGGAAGGUUGCAAACACUGCUGCUGCUGCUGCAAAACGGGUUAAUCCACGUGUGGUCGACUCUGACAAAUCCGACGAAGAAAACAAUUCGGACUGGGUAGGUGCAGCAGCCGAGCCAUCGGUUUUGCAGGUGAAAGGAAAGCGAUCCCAGUCCGCCAGCAAAUAAACAUAUUUACGGUUCUGACAUGUUUGGUAGCUGCCGAGAGGUCGUGAUUUCGUUCAAUCCGGUUUUCGCUUGUACAAUUUGUUUAGAGCUUAGGCAGUCCUUUUUUCUGGUUUCUUUCCUGUUACUGCAGUUUUUGGGGUUAUUGCUGCCAGAGAGUUUCGUAUUUCUAAAAAUUUCCCUUAUUUCGAGAUACGCAGUGCCAGUUGAAAUACACUGUUAAGGACUAAGGUGCUAAUAAAAUUCUGCG